AAUGGCCAAAGCGCGAAAAGAAGCAGAAAGUUGCCUGCCUGGAAGUUUUCUCGGGUUUAACGCUUUAAAUCCGUCGUGAGUGUCAAUAUCCUGUGAUUAAAAAUAAUUCCUGAGGCAACUGUGCACUUGGCACACAUCUUCAUAUCGAGUUAGCCCAAUUUAAAGCUCCAGAUCCGCCGCUAACAUGUCGGAAAGAUCGAAAGGUGACGUGUCCGCUCGCGUAAACAACAACGCAAACCCGACGCGUGUCGUUAAAAAUCCGCUUCUGAGCGCCUCCGUGACCGGCCUGAGUUUCGACGACUUCCCCAACAAGCCGCAGCUCCUGCCAGCCGCCCCGCCCGUGGUCCAUGCCACGCCCCCAGCGGCGCCCGUCCUUAUCGCUGGCAUCUUGAAUCGCGAACCGAAAUCAUUGGUCACCGUUGGUCAGCCAACGGGCAUUGACGAUAGCGAAGCGCUCGACGAGAUUAACUUGAAUACCAGCAGCGAGGAUUCCGUUGGCGCAGGUGGAUCGAGUCCAUAUCAAGGCGCAGGCGAUCCAAACGCCAAUCCUCUGUUGGAACCACCAACGGAAGCUGGAAGCGAUUCGUUGCUGAGUCAGGCAGCCUCCUCCUUUACUGCCCUGCCUGCGGUGGCCUCCAAUGUGUUUUCCACCUUCUCGAAGCGGAUCUACGCCGGCAGCAGGGAAACCUCGGAGGAGCCCAAACUAGACAUACAGCCCUCUUACAUUCAGCAGGCCAGCUACGUUCAGCCAGUUGCUCCGGUGCCAGCUCCAUUUUAUGCAGCUCCACCAGCGGCCGCAAAUGAAGUGGUUGCCCCCGAACCACCCAAGUUUUACGCACCUACUGAGGUUCCGCCACCGAACGUAGGAGUCCCUGCACCGCCGCCUACAUCGGGAAAUCCAAACACAUACCGAUUCACCGCCAGGAAGAAGCUAUACGCUCCCAUUCCUGGAUUCUCCGAGCAGUCCGGACAACCUGCACAGGCACAGGUUCCUCAGGCUCCCCAAGCGGCUCCAUCAUUCCAGACGCCACCAUAUCCACCACAACCAAUAUACGCAGCCAAUCCUGCUCCCUUUGACAUAUCAGCGCAGCCAGCUUCAAUUCCCGCAGAGGAACGCAAAUCCGGUGGAGGACUCUUCUCUUUGACCAGUCUCGUGCCCACAGGAGUCCUUCAAAAUAUCACAGGACUUGUUCAAUCAGCCACUGGGCGAAGCAGUGAACCAGAACACACUAAUGUCCAGCAAACAGGAGGCUACCUAGACAUUACUACAGCAACAGCACCACCUCCAUCGACGAACUUAUUUGGUGGACCAAAUUCAACCCUUCCGCCGGGAGGUAAUUAUUUCGUACCGGGAGCACCUACAUCUUUACCCUCAACAGAGGUAGUAGUUCCACCUUCGGUCGGAAACUUUUUCGCGCCGCCAGCUCCAUUGCCUGUAGCACAAGCAGCUGCUCCACCAGCUGUAGGAGCCUUCUUCACAUCUGCUGUUCCAAGUGUUACGCCUUCAUUUUUUACUCCAGGACCAGUUCCACAUGUUGCACCGCAGCCUGUUCAGUCAACAACUGUUAACCAAUCUGCAUUGCCACCAAGCCAUCCUCCGGACGCAUCUGCAGUAGGAGAACUCUUUGUUCCUUCACCAACGACAAUCGCCCAAGGAAUUCCACCGGCAGUUCCAUUUGUUGACACACAAGCUGUUCCAACAAUACCUUUAACAGUACCACCAGGCAAUCCUCCUCCAACAUCGGCACUAGGAGGAUUCUUUACCACAGGUGAAGUUGCACCUGUUGUUGGGCCAUUUGCAACACAAGCGACACCAGCAACACAAUCUGCAGGAUUCUUUAAUCCAGGAGAAGUUCGUCCUAAUGUCCCAUUAACCGAACCAGUUCCAACCAUACCGAUUACAUCAUCAGGUGGGCCACCUCCAGGAGUAUUUCCACCAGCAGCCGCUCAGCCUGGUGUCCCAACUCCUUCAAAUCCGAAUCCCUUGCCAGGACCAGCUGCACCACCGCCAGCCGCUGGGCAAGCUUCAUAUCGUCUCCAGAAGGGAACUCGUCUUUACAAGAGUCCAUUGACGCCUCAGGAAACCGCAACAUCUUCGGGAUUCGCCGCUCCUCUGCCCCCCACAUCUGUAACUCCAGCAAUUUUUAAUCCAUUCGGAGCUUCUGCACCAGGAUCAUUAGGGCAUCUAGAGGGUCAAUCCAGCCAAGGAGUUCCUUUCUUUACGCCGUCAGUGCACAAUCCAACAGGACAAGUAGCAGCUCCAACUGUUGCUGUUCCACAAGCAGCACCUAUUGCCCCUCCACCAGCGACCUCAAAUACAAGUGUUGCUCCUCCGCUAACAGCAUCUGUAGCCAAUCCUCCUCCAACAGCUGGCUUUGCCAGUGUACCCCUCUUCGCUGCAGCAACAAUAUCCUCAACGGCUAUUCCUUUCUUCAAUCCUCAACCAACAGGAGCAGAAGUAACAACUGGUUUAAGCCAACAAGAAAACGCAGCUGCACCAUCGACAACUUUGGAAGGUCUAGUGCAAGGACCUACUCCAAUACCCUCAGCAAGUCAAUUCUUUGAUACGCCUUUACCAACAGGAACCCAGCCGGAGAACCUAGUAGCAAGUGUUUCCUCGGGAAGAGAAAAUCUUGUACAGGCGCCAACAUCAAACCAAGGAAUUCCAUUCUUUGCGCCACCGGCUCCAGUUACUUCGGGAACGAAUAUUUUUACACCACAGCUUCAGCAGGAGUUGACAGCACCAGCAGAGGACUCCAAACGAUCCGAGAUUCAAGAAGAGUUCUUAUCAGCACCACCACAAGAAUCUAAUCUAUCAACCGAACUUGGAGAAGAUACACACACUGGUCCUCCUGUAAUCGAACCCGUUCUGGAAGAAACCCCAGCAAGUAGCUCGGAAUCGAGUGUUCUACUAUUUCCGCCCGCAAGUAAGGUAGAUCAAGGAGAUAUAGUCUACCCAGAACCAUCUGCGCCGGUGGAACAAGAGAUUCCAUUAUUCGUGCCAGUGCCAGCUUUGUCGGGACAAAGUCAGGGCGUACCACUAUAUCCACCACCACCAACUGGUUCCACCAGUGCCAGCUCGAUUUUUGCUGCGCCACCAGUGGCUUCAAGUGCUCCACUCUUUGUUCCUGUUCCUGGUCCUCCGUCGGUUUCAUCGUUAUUUUCCCCCGCUCAAGUGGAUUCUACUUCUUCGUUAUUUGCUCCGCCACCAACAUCUGCAAAUACAACAAUACUAACACCGGCUCCGGAUACGACUUCUACGUUGUUUGCUUCCAUACCAACAACAUCACCAUCCAUACCAGAUAUAGUUCCAACUACAUCGGCUGAGCUGGUUGACGCUCCUCCUGGUUUCCAGGGAUCAUCAGACGACACCGUAACCAAUCUAUUUCAGGGAAACUCUGAAACCCAAACAGUUUUUAGUUCAUUUGCACAAACUAAGGCUACACCUUUGGUUCAGGAAACAAAACCCGAAUUGGUUCCACCUCCAAUUGGAUUCUUUGCGCCAAAAAGCGAAUCCGAAGUUCUUAGCCAGCCACCACUUGCUCCCUCGCCGCUGCAAAGCUUCUUCAGCACAGCACCAGAAACCGCAACGUCCACCGACUUCAAUUUCUUCGGAAGUCCAGCACCCGGCAGCGUGUUUCCUGAUUUGCCAGUGCAGCACGGAAUCGCACCGCCACCAUUGGCACUUGAGUCACCGCCACAGAAUAGUGUGUCCAAUAUAGCCACAUCUGCUAUAGGAUUCGAUUUGUUAAACCAGACCCAGCAAGCUUCAAGUUUAGUCGAAAACCCAAAUCAAAAUUCAGGUGUCAACUCUUUCGACGGCUAUUUUGGUGGUCCUAGUGCCUCUGCGCCACCAACAUUCGCACCCGAGACAACUACUGAACCUGUUGCUCCAGCUAUAAACUGCGAUCCCGUCAAUUUCUUCGAUCAGGUUCCUCAAACCCAGUCGCAAAUCCAGCAAGCUAACGAGGAUCAGCGCAUUCAGAACUUCUUCAACAAUCCACCGUUGCAGGAUCAACCCGCAGUACCAGGUGAACUCAAAUACGACAUUGUCCACAGCGGAGUGGCUGUAAAGCAGCUGCAAGAGCGUUCACAGACACCCGUUUCAAAUCUUGUCGAGCCGCCUUCGUCCGCCUGUUCGGAGUUCUCGACCCUUGCUCCAGCACCAACACAAACCGAUCGUCCAUCGGGCGACGAUCUAUUCCAGCAGCAUCUGGGCGAAUUGCCCGAGGAGAUCCUCAGAGAGCUCAGAAUGGCAAGUGCCAGCAGCGAGAAGGGCCAGGUGGCGACGCCUCCCGUGGCUAUACCUUAUUCACCAGUGGUGGCCCAUUGGUUCUACAAGCGCAGCGUGGACACAAAGUUCAUCUGGACACCAUUCAGCCACUAUGAUUCGGCCUUGUUGGAAACCAGCCUAAACCUCGACGAUUCCACAUUGAUUAUUCCCGUUGAGGGAGGCCGCUACGAUGUAAACAUCAAGGAACGUACCAAGACUCCCGUUUACUGGGAGGGAAAGGCCAUCGAAGUGCGACGCUGCUCCUGGUUCUACAAGGGAGUUGACUCCAAGUAUGUUCCCUACACCGAGGACACGGCAGCACUACUUGAAGCGGAAUACAAGCGAUCUGCGGAGAUUGGUGAAUGGCAUCAGAAGAUCAUGCUGGCCAAUGGCGAACAGGUGGUCUUCCACGGACCUACAGUCAUCGUCCACUUCCUGCCGCAACAGAACGCAGACACUUGGGGAGCCAGCACACAGGGUUCCAUGCGCCCGAGAGUUGUCAAGAGGGACUUGGAUGAUUUCACCAUCGAGCAAGGCGAAUCGCAGCGUGUCGAUCACCUGCUUUUCAUGGUGCAUGGCAUUGGCUCAGCCUGCGAUUUGAAAAUGCGUUCCGUGGAGGAAGUGGUGGAUGACUUCCGGGUUAUUGCCCAGCAACUAGUUCAGUCGCACUACAAAAACUCAACAGAUAUGGGCCUGGUGGGUCGCGUUGAAGUUUUGCCCAUUUCGUGGCACGGACACCUGCACUCCGAGGAGUUAGGCAUCGACGAAAAGCUGAAGUCAAUCACUUUGGAGUCUAUUCCUCGCCUGCGAAACUUCACCAAUGACACGCUGCUCGACGUGCUGUUCUACACCAGUCCAAAAUACUGUCAAAAGAUCAUGAACACGGUGGCAGACGCGCUUAACGAUGUCUACCUGAAGUACAGAAUGCGACACCCUGAAUUCAAUGGUGGAGUGUCGUUGGCAGGACACAGUCUCGGCUCCCUAAUCCUAUUUGAUUUACUGUGCCAUCAGGAACCGCUUAAGGAAAGCGAGGAAGAGAAUAAAGAGAAUCCCGACCAACUUCCCCAAAAGCAAUCGAGUCAAAAGGUACAGCUUCCAACCAGCGAUCUUUUGCCGAAACAAGUCAGCUAUGCGAUGGGUCCGGAGGGCACGGGACAGCCUGUGAUUACAUAUACACAGCUGAUAUUCCACCCCAAGAAAUUCUUUGCUCUGGGCUCACCCAUCGGAAUGUUUGUAACCAUCAGGGGGAUCGAUAAGCUUGGCCUCGACUUCCACCUGCCCACGUGUCCGGGUUUCUACAACAUAUUCCAUCCCUUCGAUCCGGUAGCCUAUCGGAUCGAGGCGCUUGUAAAUCCGGACAUGAACGGCAUUCGACCGGUGUUGAUUCCCCAUCACAAGGGGCGAAAACGGAUGCACCUGGAGCUGAAGGAGACGAUGACACGUGUGGGUGCGGACAUCAAGCAGCGAUUUAUGGACACCUUCAAGACCACGCUGGACAGCGUAAACUUUUUGACCACGGUGACGAAGGUUAAAAAGGAAGCGGAGGAGUCGCUGGAGAAGGAAACAAGCCAGACUUCAUCGCAAGCUUUUCAAAAGCAAAACGAGGAUCUGGACGAGAGUUCAAUUGCCAGCUCGUCUUGCAAACUACGAAAUCGCACCGAUUCCAAUUCGACGACGGCUUCCGACCCUGAGUUUAUAGAACUUGAUUUCCCACUGGGUAAGCUGAACGACUCAAAACGUGUAGACUACGUGCUUCAGGAAGCUCCACUAGAAUUCAUCAACGAAUAUAUUUUCGCCUUGAGCAGCCAUGUGUGCUACUGGGGCUCCGAAGAUACGAUCCUUUUCGUGAUGAAGGAGAUUUACGCCAGCCUGGGAAUUAGCACAGACAGCCAGGUGCCGCAGUCCUCAAUGACCAUCGAGCGACCCGUCUCGCAUGAGAGCAGUGUUAGCCACUCGCUGUUGCCGAUGUGAGUCCACAAACCACACGAGAGCUCUGUUGGAUCCAACGAUCCCACGUACCGUAUACACUAUAUAUAAAUUUAGUACCAAUUUAUUUAGAUAUGUUAUUUGUUAGCCGAAUCAUACAAAGAAUUUUCCAUAUGUGCAACUCUAACAUGGUUAAAGGUAUUAUCAAAAUAAGAAGUCUUUAUCGUUUGAGUGACUAAUCCGUAGCAAGUUCUCGAGCUUUACAAAAUUACCUAUGUAUUGAUCGGAUUGGAACCGAGGAGACCUAUUUGUUAUUUUUGUAAUAUCGCCUGUGUAACAAUUAACUUUGUAACAUUUAUGUUAAACAAAGUGUAUGUCUAACAAAUUUUAAAAUAAAUAACUACCAUUGUUUUCAA